AAAAAAAAUUGUCUUUCUCUAUGACAGGUUACUCUCUCUCUUUCGCUCAAACCCUCUCUUGCUAAUAAAAUAAAAUAAAAUAAAGGGCUUCUUCUCUCUAAAAAUUUUUAGGUUUUUUCGCUUUCUUUACCAAAUUUGUCCCUUAUUUCUACUGCUGCAAGCAAUCUCAGGGUUUACUGCAGGCUAUGUAAAAGCUCGAGCAGCAAGAUGAGCAAUGACGCUUUUGAUGGGCAUAUACUAACUGAGAAGCUGUCAAAACUCAACAAUUCACAACAAAGCAUUGAAUCGUUGUCUCGAUGGUGUAUUACUCACCGGAAGAGGGCAAAACAGAUUGUUGAAACAUGGGACAAAUUGUUUAACUCUUCCCAGAAAGAACAGCGUGUUUCUUUUCUGUAUUUGGCUAAUGACAUUUUGCAAAAUAGCAGGCGAAAGGGAAGUGAGUUUGUGAAUGAAUUCUGGAAAGUUCUUCCUGCAGCCCUUAAACAUGUGUAUGAUAAUGGUGGUGAGCAUGGAAAGAAAGCAGUAACCAGGCUGGUUGACAUAUGGGAAGAAAGAAAAGUUUUUGGUUCUCGAGGGCAGAAUCUUAAAGAUGAAAUGCUUGGUAAGAAUCCUUCUCUUUCUUCUCCUCCUCCUUUGUCAGUGAACAAUGGAAAAAGCUCAAAUCCUAUCAAGAUAGUGAAGAGGGAUGCUCAUGCAGUGAGAAUCAAAUUGGCUGUUGGAGGUCUUCCAGAAAAGAUACUAACUGCAUAUCAAUCUGUACUCGAGGACAAUCCGAAUGAGGAUUCUGUACUAAACAAGUGUAAUGCUGCUGCACAACAUUUGAUUAAAAUUGGAGAAGAUGUUGGAAAUAAUUUAGCUCAAGGGAAUCAGAAUGGAUCUGCCUUGCUGGAUGAGCUGCAGCAGCAAGAAAACGCGCUCCAGCAAGGCAUUGAACAACUUGAAAAUAUCGAAAUGACCAGGGUUGCCUUGAUUUUUCAACUUAAAGAAGCACUUCAGGAACAAUUUAAAGUUUUUCAGGAAUCAAAGCUGGAGCUUAUUCGUAGUCGGAUGCAAGUUGCUCGUGGUCAGAUUGAGAAAGCAAGCAAUGUAAGGAAAAUGCUAACUUUACCACCUGUCCCUGGCCAUCUAACUGCUACAUCGAUUCCAACAGCGGAGGCUGUAGUAGUGGGUGAACAGAACCUUCCUUCAGCUCAGCCAACUGGCACUCCACUUCAACCUCAUCUUCCGCAACCUAUGAUUUCCUUUGCACCUUCAAAAACAAGUGAAGAAGAUAGCAAGAAAGCAGCAGCCGCAGCUGUUGCUGCUAAGCUUGCUGCUUCAACAUCUUCUGCUCAGAUGCUUACCUCUGUACUUUCAUCCCUUGUUGCUGAAGAAGCUGCCUUUAUGAAUGGAAGCUUAAAGUCUAGUGGCUUCACAUCAGGGUUAUCAAUGUUUCCUCCAGAAAAGCGCCCCAAACUUGAGAAACCAAUGCCUGCAUCUGAUGCAAGCAACUCAGACAUCACCAGCACAGCUUAUUUUAGUCCACUACAGCAGCAGACGAUCAACAAUACGGCAAUUGCACCAUCGACUGGUAUGCAACCAAUGUCCCAACGCAAUCAGAUUCAAGCUCCCUUUGCUUCUGCUCCUCCUCCUCCUCCUCCUCCUCCUCCAACCCUAUCUCCUGCAAAUCCACCAGCAAGUCAAUAUGUGCAGUCAACUGGUAUGAUGGUAGGGGUAAUGCCUUAUAGUUAUGGAGCAAACACGCUGCCACUGCCACCUCCUCUUCCCCCACAUAUGGCAAUGAGUUUAGCUAGGCCUGCUUCUCAGCCUCUACAGCAGUCGCAGUCUCAGUCUUUGCAACAGGCACAACCUCAGCCUCAGCAGCAGCCAACCACUGGAGGAUUUUACCGACCACCAGGUAUCGGGUUUUAUGGACAAAACCCUCAGCCAACACCACCUGUGCCUCGGCAGUGAGCUUCGCUUGGAAAACCAUAUCAUACUACAGGUACAGGCCCAUGAAUAUGGCACAAGGUAUUGGAUUUUAGGGCAAACCCAUCAACCGAUACCACAUUACAUUUCCUUGAAAAUUAAGAAGGCUGAGAGUGGCGGUGUAUAAUGUAAAUUAUUAGAGAAUUUCUAGGCUUCUGUUGUCUUAGACUUAAAAUCAGAGCAUGACCAUGCCCUCAUUAUCCUCUCCCUUAACCAAUUUGCUCUGCUGAGUUCCAUGGUUUACCCGGUACCUGUAACUCUUUCUGUUUUUGGGUAUUACUACUACUACAUGACAGCUCAGUCAUAACCUGUAUGUUGGUGUACCAAAGUAGCAAGGAACUGCCAUGGUCAGACGGAUUUACAAUGGGGGCAGUGAAAUCCUUGAAAAAAACUCCGAUAGUUUUGUAACUAAUACUACUAGUUCGAGGGAAGUUUUAACCUUUUUUUAAAAAAAAAUUAUUUUGAUAAAUCUAAUUUUUAAUUCAUCCAAAUAAGUAGGUAAAAUAACACUGUUUGUCUGUAAAUAGUGAGAAAAUAACAAAGGGUUGUCAAAGCACAAAUACAGCACUUAGAUUUCUUCCCUCAAAAUUCCAGGCUCGCAUCAUUAUAUUUUCGUUGACUGCGGUAACAGAGACAAGUUCCCCGUUUGAUUCAAACGGGUCAUGAUGCGGCACGGUUGAGGCCAAUUUGGACUUCAAACUGCGCAGGAUAUCCCGUUGGUUUGAACAGGGUGAUAGCAUUCUCACUGUGCUCAUUUUAUUCCUGUAGCAGUCUGCUGUGGUUUGUCGAUUAUUCUUAUUCAUCAUCGAGAAGUGAAGUAUACAAUUAAAA